CGCAAACUCCUCACCGUCGCUGUCCUCUUCCAAUCCAAACCGUAGACGUAGCUGCCGCCGCGAACACAUCCAGUCGUCCCCUCUCGUCCCCGGACAAUGCAACACCUCGCGCUCCUCUGCCCCCUCGUCCAGUCCCCUCUCCUCCCGGCGAGCCCCCUCGCUGCGCGAUGCCGCCGCCGCGUCCGCGGCCUUGGAAUCCGCGGAAGAUACGCCCCAGGUGAGGGAGCGGGCGACGGCGUCUCCAGCGCGGAGUGGCUGAGCUCGGCGGUGGGGGAGAAGGUGGACGAGCUGCUGCAGCGCGAGGAGAACCGAGCACUGCUCGAAGGGGUCGAGGCCGCCGAGCGCCGCGUGGAGCUCGCGCGCGCCGCGCUCCAGGACAUCGAGCGCCAGGAGGCCGCCGCCCGACUCGCCCGCGAGGAGGUCCGCCGCCUCGAGAAGCGCCGGGACGAGAUUCAAGAGUCCCAGCGGGAAUUGCUACUGGCAAGAGAAAUGAUUACUGAAGCACAGCGUACCUUGUCCUCUAGUCUUGAGGAUCAAAGCUUUGGAGAUGUGUCAAGUGGAGAUAUCGAUGAAGAUAGUGAGAGACUUGAAUCUGUAAAAGCUGCAGCACUUUCCUCUAUAGUCGGUGUUCUGGCUAGUUUGCCCAUAUCUUUCUAUGAGGUCGACAGUUUUCCCCGACUAUUUGUUCGAUCAUUGAUUGUUUUCAUUAGUAGUGCAUUGUUUGGAGUCACAUUCCGGUAUGCCAUUAGAAGAGAUGUGGAUAAUAUCCAACUUAAAACGGGUGUUGCCGCCGCAUUUGCUUUUGUUAGAGGUCUUGCUAUGCUGGAAUCUGGAAGGCCCUUUGAGCUGAGCAGCGAGGCCGUAAUAUCACUUGCUCUUGAUGGUGCAUUUAGUGUGGCCGAGAGCAUUUUUAUAUUUCUGCCUGCUGCUAUUGCACUGGACUUUUGUUUUAAGAUGAGGUUUUUGAGUCCAUUCCCUACAAGGAAACUAUAACUUCUGUGAAUAAUCUGUAAGAUCAAUAAUGAUAUUGGUAACUCCGUCAAUCAUAUGUAAUACUGCUGAUUUAUUGGAUUCAUAAUGGCCAAUAUUCCCUGUGCAAUUAUAGUUU